AUGUCGACGCACCGCUACUGCUCCAAUCCACUCCUGCGGAGUUUCACGGUGUGCCUGCGGUGCAAGGGGCAGACGAUUUACCAGCAGGUCUUGUCCGUGGAGAGACCCAGCAGGCUGCAGGGCUGGAACUGGGGCUACUGCGGCCGCUACGCCUUUUACCAUGCGCUGUACCCCCGUGCCUGGCUGGUGUACGAGCUGCCGGGGCAGAAGGUGGUGCUGACUUGCCGGCAGCUCUCUCCCGUCAUCCCCCAUGACUAUCAGGACUCCAGCUUGCCAGUGGGAGUGUUCAUCUGGGAGGUGGAGAACGAGAGGGAUGAGGACGUGGAAGUGUCCAUCAUGUUCAGCCUGCAGAACGGCACGGGAGCGGAGGAGGACAGGAGCGGUGGGCACUGGAACGAGCCCUUCACCUUCCAGAAGGAUGGUGAGCGGGUGGCUGGAGUCCUGCUGCACCACUGCCCAGCUGUGAACUCCUUUGUUAUGAAUAUGUUAGUAUACUUUGUCAAAAAGACAUUAGUUCACUAUUAAUUAGGUUAAUAAAAAUUAUGUAAGUUACAUGAUGGUUGUAUGAGGAUGUUGUAAUGAGGGAGUUAUCCAGUUGAGAACUUUCUGGAAGUUGAAUGCUGCAACCAGGAACAACGUGGUGGACUGCAAUUGGAGGAGAAAACUACCAAUGAAUAGGACUUAUGAAAAAAUAAUUGGUGUGGAAUGCUCCACCAUAUGAACCAAAGAAAGAGCUUAGAUUUGGAGAGCUUAGAUGAGGACUCCAAAAUGGACCAAUUGGACUGGUGGCAAACUUAUAAAGAGGGGUAAAGGCUGAUAGUUAGGGUCUUCCAACAGAGCCAAGCCUCCUGAGGAAUGCCUGGCCAUGUUUUUUCUGUACAGGCUGUUAACUGUUAAAAUUUUCUGUUUUGUUGAGUGGGUCCUGGGCUUAUCCUGGGGCUCUGUCCUCAAUUAGUGAUUUGUUUUGUUUAAUAAACAAGGAUACACUUUCUAUAAGUGUAUGAGCCGUUUAUAACCCCUUCACUCUGGCCAUCUCUGC